AUGGGCAAUUCCAACGGCAAGCCUGUCGUGCUUACGGACGAGGUGAACCUUAACCACUUUCGGCUACUACGGGUGGUCGGCAAAGGAGCCUUUGGCAAGGUGCGGAUAGUGGAAAGGAAAGAUACGGGCUUGACUUUUGCUCUGAAGUAUAUACGCAAGGAUGAGGUGGUACGGUCGGAGAGCGUGCGCAACAUCAUACGGGAGCGGAGGAUGUUGGAGCAUCUGAAUCACCCGUUCUUGUGCAAUCUACGGUAUAGCUUCCAGGACAUGGAGUAUCUGUACAUUGUCCUGGAUUUGAUGAACGGAGGAGACCUACGAUUUCACAUCACACGAAAGACGCUCACAGAGGAGGCCGUAAGAUUCUGGAUCGCCGAGCUUGGAUGUGCACUACGAUAUGUGCAUCAACAAGGGAUUGUGCAUCGUGAUGUCAAGCCAGACAACGUCCUCCUAGACUCCGAGGGUCACGUGCAUCUUACAGAUUUCAAUGUUGCAUCAGACUAUGUCCCAGGCAAGUCGUUAUCUAGUAAGUCCGGUACACUGGCAUAUCUGGCACCCGAAGUCUAUGGCGGAAGAGGAUAUGGCACUGAAGUGGACUGGUGGUCAUUGGGUGUGCUAUUCUACGAGUGCAUCUACAAUAAGAGGCCGUUCGAGGCGCAUCACCACGAUCAGCUGGCGCAGGCAAUCAUGAAAGGCGACCCGGCAUUUCCAGUCACGAAUCCACCCGUAUCGAUGCCUUGCUUGCACGCAAUCAGCUCGCUGCUGGAGAAGGACAAGACACUGCGGAUAGGAGCUUCAACCUGGAUAUCUUUCACCGACAACCCAUUUUUUCGCGAGAUUGACUUUGAGGCGCUCGAGCGUAAGGAGAUCGAGCCGAUUUUCUGUCCGUCGAGCGAGAAGACCAAUUUUGACGCAACGUACGAUCUGGAGGAGUUGCUGCUGGAGGAGGCGCCACUGGAAGCUCGGGCACGAAAGCAGAAACCGCGACCGGAGCUGAGAACUGAUGCAACACCGCAAGAGGUGAGGGCCGACGAGCUCCACAGGAUGAUAGAGACAUUGUUUGAGCCGUUCAAUUACACACUAGCACCAGAUGACAGGAGCCCAGUGUCAGCUACGGGCUCGCCAAUCGUAGGAGUGGCCACUUCACCUAAGCGCUACGCGCGAAGCGAGAAAGAGGUCACUAGUGAUCCGUCAAGCCACAGACCACGACCCGAGAAAACACGAUCAAUACCCACGCCACGUUCACAAACACCAGGAAGUGGCUCGCGAACAAGAUCUUCGGCGCACUCGGGUGAGGGCUCGCCACCUCUACCCGCCACAGCACUCUCCACGAACUACGCUGUCCCAGCUCCAGAGUACUUCCCACCCCCAUCAGAUCCUUCAUCGACGGCACGACCAUCGGCAGCACAGCAGCAGGAACAACUACGACUGGGCAAAUCACGCACAAUACGGUACGAAGAUACAUCAGCACGAGAAGUGCCCGUCUCUGCUACUUCUUCCUCGCGCUCGCAUAGACCGCGAGGUAGUACGAGAAGCACCUCCAUGGGCGGCGGAGUGCAAGUCGUGCUCAAUGAGCAAGGCAGCUGGAGUGAAAUGGCGAACUCGAGUCAAGGCAUGGUUACACCCACAGAGGAGCAGGGCGGUGGCAAGCCAUCGGGUAUGUUGGGAUUUCUACGGACGAAGAAAGGACGGGAUCGGAGUCCGAAGGCGAAGCAGAGAGAACGCGGAGUGCUCGGUAAGGAGGGUGCGAGGGUAGUCAUUUCGCACGGCUGA